AUGACAGAGAUCCAAAAGCUGCUGAAUGAAGCGGGCGCUGGUGGUCUGACUCUAGACGAUAUACCUCGGGAUGGCACUGGCGUGGUAAAGCUGGACCCCUGGCUAGAGCCAUUCAAUGAAGCCCUGAAGCGCAGAUAUGGUAAAUCCCAGGAUUGGAUCAACAGAAUCAAAGCCACUGAAGGUGGCUUGGAGAAAUUUUCGAGGGGCUACGAAAAGUUCGGCCUAAAUGCGAGUGAUGAUGGCACCAUUACAUAUCGAGAAUGGGCACCCAAUGCUGUAGCAGCAUCGCUCAUAGGAGAUUUCAACAGCUGGGAUGUCAAUUCCCAUGAGAUGAAGAAGAACAACUCUGGAGUUUUCGAGAUUGUGUUGCCACCCAAGGACAGCCAGCCAGUCAUACCACAUAAUUCAAAAAUAAAGCUACCCAAUGGAGAAAGGGUGGACCGUCUGCCGGCCUGGAUUAAGUACGUGACGCAAGAUCUAAGUGUAUCUCCGGCAUAUGAUGCACGAUUUUGGAACCCCCCUAAAGCCGAAAAGUAUGAAUUCAAACACCAGAGGCCUUCUAAACCUGGUAGUGUUCGAGUAUAUGAAGCUCAUGUCGGAAUUUCCACGCCUGAACAAAGAGUGGCGACUUACAAGGAAUUCACACAGAAUAUGCUCCCCAGAAUUAAAGAUCUUGGAUACAAUACGAUUCAACUCAUGGCGGUCAUGGAGCAUGCGUAUUAUGCAUCGUUUGGUUACCAAGUUAACAAUUUUUUCGCGGCGAGCAGUCGAUAUGGGCCACCUGAAGAUCUCAAAGAGCUCGUUGAUACUGCACACGGCAUGGGAAUCAGCGUACUGUUGGAUGUCGUGCAUAGCCACGCCUCAAAAAAUGUUCUCGAUGGUAUAAACGAAUUUGAUGGUACAGAUCAUCAAUACUUCCACGGCGGUGGCAAGGGGCGCCAUGAUCAGUGGGACAGCCGACUGUUCAACUAUGGCCACCACGAAGUUCUCCGGUUUCUCCUCAGCAAUCUGCACUUUUGGAUGGAGGAAUAUCAUUUUGACGGGUUCAGAUUUGAUGGCGUCACAAGCAUGCUAUACGUUCAUCAUGGCAUUGGCGCGGGCUUUUCCGGCGGCUAUCAUGAAUACUUUGGUUCUGAAGUCGAUGAAGAGGCUGUGGUAUAUCUGAUGAUUGCCAACGAAAUGUUGCACUCCCUGUUCCCUGAAUGUAUCACAAUAGCAGAAGAUGUAUCCGGAAUGCCAGCGCUCUGUCUGCCUCUUGCGCUGGGAGGUGUUGGUUUCGAUUAUCGCCUUGCAAUGGCAGUCCCGGAUAUGUGGAUCAAGAUUCUGAAAGAGCUGAAGGAUGAGCAGUGGAAUAUUGGCAACAUUUGCUUCACUCUUGUUAAUCGACGUCAUGGCGAGAAGACGAUUGCCUACUGCGAGAGUCACGAUCAAGCGCUGGUGGGUGACAAGACACUUAUGAUGCAUCUCUGCGACGCUGAAAUGUACACGAACAUGUCGGUCCUGUCACCAUUGACGCCCGUGAUUGAAAGAGGCAUGUCGCUUCACAAGAUGAUUCGACUGCUCACUCAUAGCUUGGGAGGCGAAGGGUAUUUGAAUUUUGAAGGUAACGAGUUUGGCCAUCCCGAGUGGCUUGACUUCCCUAGGGAAGGGAACAACAAUUCGUUUUGGUAUGCGCGUCGCCAGCUUAACCUGACAGAAGAUCAUCUGCUACGGUAUCAGUAUCUCAACAACUUUGAUCGAUCAAUGAAUCAGUGUGAAGCCAAAUACGGAUGGCUUCAUUCACCUCAAGCUUAUGUCUCACUCAAGCAUGAAGUCGACAAGGUCAUUGUCUUCGAGCGAGCGGGCUUAGUGUUCGUGUUUAACUUUCACCCUUCCCAAAGCUUCGCUGAUUAUCGCAUCGGCAUUGAAGUUGCUGGAACUUAUCGUAUUAUUCUCAACACCGAUUCCAAGGACGCGGGCGGGUUCAAUCGGGUGGAUGAAAGCACUCGCUUCUUUACAACCCCCAUGGAAUGGAAUGGGCGGAAGAAUUGGACCCAAGUGUACAUUCCGUGUCGCACAGCCAUGGUAAGCCUACGCAUCGUCUUUUGGUGA